GAAUUAUUCUGUCUGUUUUUCUUAGUUUCCCCUCUUACUUUCGUUUUGUUUUUUAUGUUUGUUCAUCCAUUUAUUCAUUUUCUUUUUAAGUAUACUUUUUCUGUUAUUUACUAUCGCCCUUUAUUUAUUUCCCUUCACUUGUCUUCACGUAUUUUCAUUCUUUCUUUCUAUUCCUUUUUUCGUCUUUCUUUCUGUGGUGACGGUAUUCCAAAUAUGCUCCAAGUUAUGCAAAUUCAUGAUUGCUUGCUGGCUGAUUAUGUUUUAAAGAAGCUAUGCGUUGCGGGAGAAGGUAAACAGGGAUAAUUUGAUUUCACGGAUGAUAUAAAAAGGAUGUCCUUAUCGAGAAGAGCUUAUUAAUUCAUGAGCACCGUAUUAUCCAAUUAUUCUGCCACCAUCUUUGCACUCCUACAAGCAGGGAACCCUUCAAUGUAAUUCCAGAGGAAAAUACAGUUUAGAAUACACUCUAUGAAAAGUUAUUUUGACAGAAAUUAGUUUCUGGACAAUUUCAAUGUGAUUUGUCGAAAUGUGGAGAGUGGGAUGGCUUUCCCAUUGCCAUUGCGAUUGGGCAAAAGCACCACCCCACAAACACAUUUGAUGCGGUUUCCUUUGGUGAUGAGUCUGAAACACUUAAUCGCUUCAUCGCGUGGAAGACGCCAUUGUUAGGGCUCGUUUGUGCUUGCGUUGUGUCGGGGGAGAAGGGCGGGGUGGGGGGGGGCUAUGGGCACAGAUUAUGACAGGGUGGGGGAAUUCAGCAAACACACAGCAGGGGCACAUUUGGAGGUGCGCAGAAAUGCACCGUCUCUCCCCAGAUACACCCCCCCCCAACCCACUCACCAAGGUAUUGAUUUACACAACAAAGAGGCUAGGAAGGGAAUCGAUACGCUCUCCAAGUGCAUUGUGGGUAUAUAUAAAAAUUAACCUUUAGAUUCAUCAACACUGUAAGAUUUCAAACACUGCCCCCCCCCCCCCCCCCCCCCACCUUCACUUGAAACCUGCAUGCACAUUCAUCCAACAGUUCCUCCUCUCAUUUCACACACACACACACACACACACACACACACACACACACACACACACACACACACACACAUCUUCAACAACAUAUGCAUACUGAAAACAACACCAACACACACACACACACAAACAAUCCACAUUUAUCCCACACAUCACGUACACACACAAAUGCAAGACACAACAAACACACACACACACACACACACACACACACGCACACGCACACAAACAGGCACACACACACACACAUGCAUAAACAAAAACAACACACGCACACAAAAUAAUCCACAUUUAUCCCACACAUCAUACACACACACACACACACACACAAACACACAUGCACACAAAUGCAACACACCCACACACACAUGUCCCACACAAACAUAUGCAUACACAAUAACAUCACACAGACACAAAGUAAUCCACAUUUAUCCCACACAUCACACACACACAAAUACAACACACAACCCACACACACAUACAACCGUGCAUGAAAGCCACGUCCCUUCCUCCGGCAAAGGCUUCUCUAACGGAUUCCCUGGGAGUGGGCGACACCUCCGUCUCCAGACUGCGCUGCAGGAAUCACACGUUGUCAUGGUCGCCGCCGCCGACGCGUGGCCAAUCUGUCACCGCCUCUCUGAGCGGCCAAUCGGAAACGUGUCUGCGCCAACCGCGACACGACAGAUUUGUCACAACCUGGAAGUUUGGAAAUCACACACACACACAUCCCCAAACACACAAACACACAACUUCACAUGUAUCUGUGCACACACACACAAACACACUACCUCACACGCAUCUGCAUGCACACACACACAAACACACACACACACACACACACACACACACACGCACACACACACACACACAAGCAAAUACGUACACACACACACAAACACAUACACACACACUGACAUGCACAAACACACAAACACACACACACACACACACACACACACACACACACACACAGGCCCAUCAUCUCCACGCUGGGCCGUCCCAGGCAAUGAGGAGGUGAAGAGAGAGAGAGAGAGAGAGAGAGAGAGAGAGAGAGAGAGCGAGAGAGAGAGAGAGAGAGACAGACAGGCAGGCAGGCGCUGCUCUGCCUGCUGAUCUCAGUUUGUUUAGCGAUUACGGGUUUAAGAUGUGAGAGGUGCGAUAUGAGACAGCGGCGCGUGGCUUGUGAGACGCAUCUCCCCAUGCGGCGACGGAGGCAGACAACAGACAUGAAGGGACUGAAUGUUACUUUUUGUGUGUGUGUGUGUAUUUGUGUUUGGCUCUGUGUGUGUCUGUGUGUGUGUGUGUGUUGGUUCAGCAUAAGGGCACAGGUAUAAGGAAACAGAGCAGCCCUGAAUAAACAAACACGGACAAUUGAUUUGCUUUCAGCUUCAAUUCUGAUCCCGAUGUAACCAAAGGAAGAGUCAGCAGUGAGCUCAUCUACGGGAAAUACCCUUUGUUCAAGUUGAGCAUCUCCAAGGGGAAGGAUGGGUUAGUAGUGGCUGGUCAGUCCAACGGUACCGGGUUCAAGAUCCGACCUGCGUGUAAAUGACCUGUAUCUGAAUUCACGGUGCCCCACUUUUGAUACAAUUAAAUUAAAUUAAAUAGUAAGAGUGGCCACAUCAACCUAUAAGAUGUCAUGCCCAUCAUUGCGCUAAAUUGCACUAAUUUGCCAUACUUUUGCACUAAUACUCAAGACAAACCUUAAGCAGUGUUUCAACUGUUCGCUGAUCACCUCAGAAGUCAUUCUGUUGCGUUACCAUCCUAACCCUGUUCCCUGGGAAACGAUAAACGAUAGAGCGACUAUUUCGACAUGUUGUCCAAAUGCACAGUGGGAUUCAAACCCAAAACCUUUUUGACUCUGGGAGUCAAAGCACCUUGAGCCUUGACUAUCCUGCCCCUCUGUGGCUGGUGGCUGGUCCGGUGGCACAACCGGUGCCCCGACGCUGUACUCAGAAGUGCCCGGGGCCGCUGACCUGGCUGGAUGGAUAAAGUAUAAAUGCUCAUGGGUUUG